GACACGCAAACUUUAACGAGGUUCGAAGGUGGGGUAAUCCUUCUACGUCCUCAAAAUCCACUAUGUAGUUGGUUGUUGAAUAAUGAACCAACAAUUACACUUGUGUGAAUUNUAUAUCUUCGCAAGACCAAUGUUGCUACUGCACUCGUGCUGGCUUUGUUGUUCCUUCGAAGAAGGAAGGAUUAACUCUGUUCCAAACCACGGGCGACUGCUUCUUCUUCUCCGAUCAUCUCAGCCCCAACUCGCCAGAAGCAUACAUCACUCUCGCCUAAAUUCUCAGGCACACAACUCUUUUCGUUCCAUUUCUUAUUUUUCACACCGCCACUUCUCUCCUCCCCAAACCCAUACGCCGUUCCGUUGUUUUUCCUCUCCUGACCUCGCCGCCGAUCGCACAGACCUGCCGGAUCAGAUCUCUAUUUUGUCUGAUAUUUUCUCUAAACCGGACAAAAGCAGUGUGGAUAUCCGGCUUGAUUUGGAGUCCACCGAUGUUGCAAUAACUCACGAUUUGGUGCUUAGGGCUUCGGAGAAUCAGGGAUUUGCCCCUGAAUCUGCUCUCAGGUUGUUUGAUUGGGUUGUAGAGAACGAGAGUGAGAGAUUGAGUUCUAAGUCAUAUAAUCUGUUGCUAGAGAUACUGCUUGAAAAUGGCAGUGUGAAUGAGUUCUGGGAAACGGUUGAUGUUAUUAAGAAGAAAGGGUAGGGAGUGUCUAAGGGUGUGUUUGAUAUGGCUUUGGUAAAAUUUGAGAAGAAGGGCUAGCCGACGAUGUUCAGAAGCUGAGCCAGUUGUAUGCUCUUCGAUCGACAGAUAAUUCCGUCGACGAGGUUAGUACAAGGGCAUGUAAGAUCAUACGCGGUAAUGUCGUUUGGGAUGAUAAUGUGGAAAAAUAGCUUCAGGAUUUCAACUAUACUAGUGAUUCGGUUUCCAUGGUAUUGGUGAGUCUUGAACAUGAAAUCCAUAAAGGUACGAUCUUUUUCAGGUGGAUCAAAGAGUGUGGUUUGUUUAAACAUGAUGGUUGUACAUAUAAUGUGAUGGCGAGAAUUUUAGGUAAGAGGGGCUCUAUAGAGAUUUUUUGAAAGGUUAUGGGUGAAAUGCGAGAUGCUGGGUAUGAAAUUGAAACCUCAGCAUACCGUGAAGUCUUUAAACAUUUUGCUACUAAGUAAAUGAUCAAAGAAGCUGUCGGGCUCUAUGCGUAUGCAAUGGAAGGUGCAAAGUAACCAUCUCAGCGAGAUUACAUCUUUCUUUUGAAGAAAAUAUUUGUUGGCAAGGAUCUUGAUAUGGAUCUGUUCUAAAAAGUUUUGAGGGUUUGUAAAGAAAGCGGGAAAUUGUUAGAAAGAUCCACUCUUGAUUCUGUUCUGAAGUCAUUGUCCAGUAAUGGAAGAUGGGAAGAAUGCAAUAAGAUAAUGAAAGCAUUGAAAAGUGUUGGCAUAACACAUGGCCACUCCCAGCAGAGUAAGAUUGCGUAUUAUCUCAGUUUGUAUGGAAAGAACGACGAGGUAGAUGAGUUAGUAACCGAUAUGGAUUCAUCAGGUUCGGGUUUGAGUUAUAAAGCAUGGGCAUCUUUAGUUGAUGGAUACUGUAGAGCCGAUAAUCUUAGCAAAGCCUCAGAUGUGCAUGAGAGAAUGAUCACAAAAGAAGGGCCUUCUCGUGCUAAGAGGAAGCAAGAAUCGUCUCUUUCGGCAUAUUGUCGCAAGAGUUGAGCUGAAGAUACGGUUUUAAUAGGAUUCUUUAGGUUGCUACAUGUAAUUAGAGCAUUUUAUUUCUGAGUUCGGCUUGCAUUGAGUGCCUAUUGAUUCAUCUUUUUCCACAUGAACUUCAGCUUCUUAUUACAGUGAUCUGUUGUUCUAAAUAUAGACUUACAACCAUC